CCACUCAAUAUGUCAGGGACCCUUUCAAUGCCACAGGCUCUUCUCUUUAUUUCAUAUUCCUCGUGUUUGGGAGGGAGGUUCAACUCCAGCUGACGUUCAGUUGGGGGUAUCUACACAUGGAGCGGGGCAGCAAAGUCACUGUCAGUAAGUGGCUCGUCUCCCAGAGAGAGAACCCUCACCCAGAUAUUACUGGAAAUAAUUGGCCGAGAAAUAUCUUUCAUUAUAUUUGCCAGAAAGAACAGAACCAGAAUUUCAAGAAACAAAGAGUGAAACACACCGCCUUAAAUUGCACAACAUGCCUGGUGGAGGGAUGUCCCCAAGCAGAUGAGAAGAUACAGUAAGGAUAUGGUAAUCCAUAGCACCACAACACCCUCACUGACCAUGGCUGCACUGUACGUCUCUCUGCUACUGGCUGCUCUCUGCAUUGGCACAGCUGCGCCCCUGCAGUGCUACACGUGUCUGGGUGCCACUGGCAACUGCCUGAUCCCAACCGACUGCAGAUCAUACGGCUUAUACUGUCAGACUAUUCUUACUUCUGAUUUGGGUUUUAGAGGCGUUGUUAAAUUCUGCACCGCCAGCUGCACCCCAGGAAGCAUCAGUACUGGCACGGGCACCAUCUCCACUUUGUGCUGCAACACCGACCUGUGCAACGGCGCCACUGGGGUAAAAUACAGUUACCCUGCGCUGGGGCUGUCCCUCGGGUUCCUAUUGGUCCUGCUGAGAGGCUCCGCCCUGUGAUGCCCCCAAGCUGCGGGCAGAUAUGAGCAUUAUUGCCCCGUGUAUCCCGCUGAUAUUAAUAAACAUAAU